AUGUAUGUGCUGACAGGGCACAAUUCGCUCAGGCCUCCAACGGUGAUAGGUCAGUUCCACACACUGUUUUUCGGCUCUGUGCGUACGUUUUUCCUUGGGGUCCUUGGAUUCGCCGUCUAUGGCAAUGAGGCCCUCCACUUCAGCUGUAAUCCAGACAAAAGGGAAUUAAACCUUUACUGUUACAACCAGUUCCGGCCUAUAACACCUCAGGUAUUCUGGGCGUUGCAGCUAGUCACUGUCUUGGUCCCUGGAGCGGUGUUCCAUCUUUAUGCUGCCUGUAAGAAUAUAGACCAGGAGGAAAUCCUUCUACGGCCGAUGUCAACAGUCUUCUAUAUUAUCUCUGUUCUAUUACGAAUCAUUUUGGAAGUCUUGGCAUUUUGGCUUCAGCGCCAUCUCUUUGGUUUCGUGGUUUAUCCGAUUUACAUGUGUGAUGCCAUUGCCCUUGGGAAGAUAUUCAGCAUCACAAAGUGUAUGGUCCCUGAACACUUUGAGAAGACCAUCUUCCUCAGUGCGAUGUACACCUUCACAAUCAUCACCAUACUCCUCUGUAUCGCUGAGAUUUUUGAGAUCCUGUUUCGAAGACAAAGCUUUUUAAACCAGUCAGCUACUUAAGAAUUUAGACCUUUUGAGUGAUGCUUCCACGUCUUCCAUGUCUAGAAUGGGUCUCCGUA